AUGGCUGCUCUAGCAACAACCUAUCAGGAGCAGGGUAAAUGGAGGGAAGCUAAGAAGUUGAGGUUACAAGUGAUGGAAAAAAGGAAGAUAGAUUUGGGGACUGAGCAUCCUGAAACCCUAGACAGCAUGGCUGCUCUAGCAACAACCUAUCGGGGUCGAGGUCGAUGGGAUGAGUCCGAGGAGCUGGAAUUGCAAGUCAUAGACAUAAGCAAGAGAGUCCUGGGGCCCAAACACCCUGACACUCUAACCAGCAUGGCGAAUCUGGCAGAAGCCUAUUCGAGCCAGUACCGAUGGGAUGAAGCUGAAAAGCUUGAAUUACAAGUCAGAGACAUAAGCAAAAGAGUCCUGGGGCCUGAACAUCCAGACACUCUGGUCAGUAUGUCGAAUCUUGCCGUUACCUGGAAAUCCCGGUCGAAGCUUCAUGAUAUCAGUGCUGCUCUAAAUCUGAUGGAAGAAUGUCUUGCCUUGCGCAUAAAAGUCUUAGGCUCUGAGCACCCAGACACUAUAUCUACCUCCAGAGCUGUGGAGAAUUGGAAACACGAACUUGAACAGAACAUCUCAUCCAGGGGAGGCUCUUUAACACCGCCCACUCAAAUUGAACCAUCGCAAGAUUUGCAGGAUAUUUGA